AUGUCCAUGCCUAAGGCAAUCACAGAGCCCAGGCCGAGGUCCAGCUGGCCAGCGGGACUGUGGGGCGGGUUCUCAGGAGGGCGGCCGUGGCUGGGGACACAGAUUUGGAAGCAGAGGCUGACCGUGCAGGGAUGGGUGACUGUGUGGGGGUGGGGCGGGGUGGACGGCAUUCUGAGGAGAGAGCAGGGGAGGCCUCUGGGAACACAGUGUUCUCAGGAAACAGCGGUUCCUGUGGUGAAUCCUGGCUCCUCGCCCCCAAUAAACUUCCUGAUUCUGGACUGCGUGGCCCCAGUGCUGCACCGUCCCCUGCCGCGCCUCUGUGGAGACCUACUGUGUGUCGGCACUGUGCAGCAGGAGGCCCAGCCUGCCUCCCUUGGGGCGGAUACUGUGCUUCAUUGUGCAGAUGAGCACCCAGAGAUAUUCCUCACCCGCUACCCUCCAACCUCGCUUUGCACAAUCAGCAGAUUCCUGAAAAGCUGCCAGGAAAUCGGUUUUGGGGUAACCAUACCCUGUUCUGAAUGCCCAGUGGGGAAUGCUGUGUUGAAAUACAUCUCCCGACCUGAGGCCCUGCAGCCGGUGAGUCACAGGAGUGAGUCACCCUGCAUUGCGAGUGCAGAUGAUCCCAGGAGGAAGCAUCUGGCUGGGCCUUGGGAGAAGCUGGCUUUUCUCAGCUGCUCUGGGCAUGAAUCAAUUCCGAGGAAGAAAACUGCUCUGGCCCCAAAGGAUUGCGGGAGAUUCACUUCUAACACAGCAAGACCAGAAUGGCCUGACUGAGCAAUGACCUGAGGC